CCACCGUCUCAGAGCCUGUAAGGACACAUGGCCUCACCGGGCCCUGCAUCUCCGAGGUCUGGUGAAAGACGGGGGUCCAGAGAACGGCUGCAGCUCCCUGAACUACCGAGCGCCACCGCCAGCUUCCCAAGGCCCCCAGUGGUUCAAGACACACAGGCUGUGCUGAAAAGAAGAUGGAAAGAACCCAGCGUGCACCACUUAAAGGACCGUGAGCGGAUGUAUUUUCCAGGCUGGGACACUCAGUUGCCGUCAUCUCAACAAACAGAGCAGCCACACAGGCGGCGUAAGAAAUUGCCUGUUCACCUACCUUCUCUGAAAUCCAGGACCACGAUGUCCCAGAAUGUGCUGUCAACCCCUAUUCCCCCCACUAUGCCCCUUUCUCUGAAGAGAUACUUGACACUGGAGGAGGUUGAGUACAUACCCAGCGAGCGAUUGGAAGAGGAGGAAUACUACCACUCCAAGCUGAUCCGCAUUCCCUUCAUUGCAAACUUCAAAAAGUGGAAACCGUUUUACAUCUGGCGCACCAAGAUUCGUGCCAUGAAGUUUCAUGUGGCCAGGAGGUCCCUCCACAGCAGCUUGUUUAUUGUGAAUCAGUCUCUAAAUCCUGCACUGAUGGACAUCAGGAACAUGUGUUAUCAAAUCAGUGACACAGACUUGUGUCACAUGGAGAAAGAACACACUCACACACUGCAGGAGUUCCAGGACAUCCUGAAAAAACAACUACAAGAGGUGUCGAAUGACUUGAGGAAGUUUCAAGAGCUGGUGAAGGAGGUGACCGUUUGUGCAUGCCGAAACUACUCGACGGAACUUCGAGCCAAAGCAACUCGUCCUAAGGAAGAGAUGUUUGUUGCACAGACCAAAAACUUCAUCCGUCUUGUUGACUAUAUGGUUGCAAACACCUUGUGCAUCAUAGUUGCGAAUACAGUGGCCAGACUACUGGCUGUGCUCCAAGAGCAGGUACGUGGAACACCCAGCCGUGCCACGAUUCAGAGCUGGAGCCUGAGCCCUGAGGUUGAUCCUCCUGAAGAAGAGGUGAGUCAGAAGUCAGAAACGUGCUGUGGUCAACCUCUGCUCUUCUCUGAGCUGAUGCUGGACCUCAAUGCUUUGACCUACAAACCCUCUGAGGAGAACGUUCAGGAGACUUUUGCAGAGAUCAUUGGCUCGUUUGUGAAAACAGUGAUGUCAGUGAAUACACUUCAAACAGAUCCUGAUUUAAUUGUAUUGACAGACCCUGGAGACUAUAAGAACUUUGAAUGCGCAAAUGAAGAUAAUUCCUGUUUGGAAUCAAUCAUAGAGAAAGAUGACCAACUUCAGAGCUUCAUGCAGAAAAUCAAGGUCAGUUUAUUACUUUGCACAGGUUUCUAUCUCUUGAGGUGGCACUUUGUCUGUACAGGCCUGUUGUACUUACACACAUUUGAGCGUUUUCAUCUGUUCUAUAAAGAGAACGAGGGUCUGGAUCUGGAUGCAAUGCGGCAAAAGGAUCACGAUGUGUCCUUUUUUGGAAAAGCGCUGGAGUUAUACCACAGUGAGCUUAAGGAGGCCGCAGCCAUCCCACAGAAAAGGCGUCUUGGCUCACUGCUUGUGGACAAAACACUGCUCAAAGAAAAGCUUGCGUCUUCCUCGCUCCGCUGUCUGGAGGUCAUCCACCAGAUGCUUACCCAGCAGGCUAGGGUGAAGCUAGAUGCUGUCAUUGCCGAGGUUUGUGAAGUCAAGUAUGAACUAGAGUCCAGUCCCUCCACCACGGCUGAGUUAGCCAACUCCCUCACAUUCUUGGAUGAGAUUUGGGAGAGGAUUUCGGUGCUUGAAGCGGAACAGGAGACAUUAUGUCAGAUGUACAGUCUGAUUAACGUGUACUCAGUUCCGCUGCCAACUGAGGAUCUGCUUGUUUUUGCCACCUUGCAACCCUCCAUUAACGAGCUGUACUGCAUCAUCAGUCAUGCAUUACUGGAGAGGGGCUCCAUCGUUGACAAGCUGCACAGCUCCCUGCAGAAGGACAUCAAGGAGCUGAACCGUGAGGUCAUCCAAACCAAGCUUAAGUCACUUGAUCCACAACUCCUUGACAUCAAUGCAGAUUCCUCCCAAGUGCAUCUGCUGCUGGAAGGCAUCCAGAUGUCCAUAGACAAGCUGCAGGCCCAGGCCCACGCCUACACCUCCUACCAGGAGAAAUUGAAGGUGGAGGUCACCAACUUUGACACCCUGGAAGAGCUAAUUGCAGAGUUUAGGCUGAAACAGCUGCUGUGGGACUCUCUAGAGAAAUGGGACUGUUUGUCAGAUGGAUGGAGGCAGAGCACACUUGAGCAGCUGGACCUGGAGCAGAUCAGCUCACAGGUCACAACAUAUAGCAAAUACAUCAACCGGCUGGAAGAGGGCCUGUCGAGCAACAACGUACUGACAACUCUUAAGGAGAAGGUGGAAGUCGCCAAACAGAGGCUGCCGGUGAUCACUGAUCUCUGUAACCCAAGUGUGAAGCCAGAGCACUGGAAGAUGCUGGAGUCUGUUGUGGGGAUCUCUCUGAACAGGAACCAGCUUACCUUGGCUGCUGUGGAGACGCUCAACGUCUUCUCCUAUGGCCUGAAGAUACAGGAGGUGUCAGGGCAGGCUUCAGGAGAGGCGUCAGUGAAGUCCAUUUAUACAAAGGUGAAGGAGGUUUGGUGGAACACGGCGUUCACUGUGCUGUCUCACGGGGAAUCUAAAGACGGCUCCAUCUUGGGAGGCACGGAUGAUAUCCAGGUACUCCUGGAUGACAGCAUCAUCUCUCUAGGCUGGGUGGCCUCUUCUCGCUACGUAGCUCCCAUCAUAAAUGUGGUGAACAUUUUGCUGGGAAAGCUGACCCACUUCAACCAAACACUGGAUGAGUGGCUUACAUGCCAAAGGAACUGGCUUUAUCUGGAGAGUAUCUUCUUGGCCCCAGACAUCGAGAGGCAGCUGCCUGCUCAGUCCAAGAUGUUCUUCAAGGUGGACAAGUCUUGGAAGGAGAUCAUGGCAAAGGUCAAACUGAGGCCUAAUGCGCUUCAAGUUGCCACACAGCCUCAUCUGUUGGAGACUUUUCAACACAACAACACUCUCUUGGAUGAGAUACAGAAGUGUCUGGAAAACUACCUGGAGUCCAAGAGAGUGAUCUUCCCCAGGUUCUACUUCUUAUCUAAUGACGAGCUGAUAAAGAUCUUGGCCCAGACAAGAAACCCCCAAGCAGUGCAGCCCCACCUUAGGAAGUGUUUUGAUGCCAUUACACGGCUAGAGUUUGCUUUACUGCCCGAAUCUUCUGGGACCGAUACAGAAAAUGUGCUGGAUGUUGGAAUACAGGAGACGGACUACAGCAAAGACAUCGUGAACAUGGUGUCCCCCGAGGGAGAGAAGGUGGGUUUGACUAAAGGUCUUAAGGCACAAGGCAACGUGGAGGAUUGGCUUUGCAAGGUGGAGGAGGCGAUGUUCUCCUCACUGCGACGCCUCAGCAAGGCUGCCAUUGCUGACUACCAGGUGAAGUCUAGAGAGGAAUGGGUGGUGGCUGGACAUCCAUCGCAGGUGGUGCUGACCAUCUCCCAGAUGAUGUGGUGCAAGGACAUGGAUGCUUGCCUAGAUGGAGACCAUGACCACUUUGCUGCCCUGCAGGAAUUUGAACUGACUAACUUUGAUAGGCUGAAUGCUCUGGUGGCAUUGGUACGAGGACGGCUGCCUGCUUUACACCGUAAUAUCAUCACUGCCCUCAUCACCAUCGACGCCCAUGCCAGAGACAUUGUCACAGAUCUAGUCCGCCAGAAGGUGGACACCAGGUGUAACUUUGAAUGGCAGAAACAGUUACGCUACUACUGGGACAUGGACCUGGACAAUUGUGUAGCCAAAAUGGCCGUGUCCACCUACACGUAUGGCUAUGAAUACCUGGGAGCCUGUCCUAGACUAGUUAUAACACCACUCACGGAUCGUUGUUAUUUGUGUCUGAUGGGGGCUCUCCAGUUAGACCUUGGAGGAGCACCAGCCGGGCCAGCAGGUACGGGCAAAACAGAGACCACCAAGGACCUGGCUAAGGCCCUGGGGAUACAGUGUGUGGUCUUCAACUGCUCUGAUGGACUUGACUACAAGACGACGGGGUGCUUCUUUAGCGGUCUGGCUCAGUCGGGUGCUUGGUGUUGUUUUGACGAAUUUAACCGAAUUGACAUUGAAGUGUUGUCUGUCAUCGCUCAGCAACUCACAACCAUACGAAACGCCAAAGCUGAUAAGCUGUCAAGGUUUCAAUUUGAAGGCCGGGAGAUCAAGGUGGUGAGGACGUGUGCUGCAUUCAUCACCAUGAACCCAGGCUGUGCUGGAAGAACGGAGCUACCUGACAACCUUAAAGCUCUCUUCAGACCCAUAGCCAUGAUGGUGCCCAACUACGCACUCAUUGCUGAGGUGGUUCUGUACUCAGAGGGAUUUGAGUCCAGUACGGUCCUAGCGAGGAAAAUGACCCAGAUGUACAAGCUGUGCUCUGAGCAGCUGUCCCAGCAGGACCACUACGACUUUGGCAUGAGAGCCGUCAAGUCCGUCCUGGUCAUGGCUGGGCCUCUAAAGAGAGAACACCCCCCCCUCAGUGAGGAGGUGGUUCUGAUGAGAGCCCUGAGGGAUUCCAACCUGCCCAAGUUGCUCACUGAUGAUGCUGUGCUGUUUGGUGGUAUCCUGUCUGACCUCUUCCCCGGUGUGAGUGUUCCUGAGCGUGACUACGGUGAGCUACACUCCGCUAUCCUGGAGUCUCUGGUGAAGAGAAACCUGCAGCCACUGGCUAGCAUGACCAAGAAGGUGAUGCAGUUGUAUGAGACCAUUUUAGUGCGUCAUGGUGUCAUGUUGGUCGGGCCUACUGGUGGAGGUAAGACCACCGUCUACAGUGUCCUGGCAGACGCACUGGAGACCCUCCACGGCACAGGGCACGCGGCUAACAACCCUUUCUAUCAACAUGUCAAGACCUAUGUUCUCAACCCCAAAUCUGUCACAAAGGGAGAGCUCUACGGAGAGGUUAACACAGUAACACUCGAGUGGCGUGACGGACUGAUGGCGCUGAGUGUCCGUGAUGCGGUCAGCGACACGAGUGCUGCCCACAAGUGGGUGGUUUGCGACGGGCCGGUCGACGCCCUAUGGAUUGAGAACAUGAACACAGUGCUGGAUGACAACAAGAUGCUCUGUCUGGCUAACGGCGAGCGAAUCAAACUUACACCAUCCGUCCAUAUGGUGUUUGAGGUCCAGGACUUGGCUGUAGCUUCUCCAGCCACUGUCAGCCGCUGUGGGACGGUUUAUAUCGACCCAGAUGAGCUCAAGUGGAUGCCCUAUGUCCAGACGUGGAUCAGUGGUCUCGGAGCCAAGCUCCCAGGCCCAGUGAGAACAUACCUGCUGGAGCUGUUUGAGCAAUACGUGGAGAAAGGUCUUCAGUUCGUUCUGAAGUAUUGUACCCAGGCCGUUCCACAGGUGGACAUCAGUAAAGUGACCACUCUGUGCUCCCUGUUGGAGGCACUGCUGCUGGGCAAAGGGGGGCCAGACCUUCAAAUGGAGUCCAAGCACCUCAACAGCAUAUUAUGUCACACCUUCAUAUUCUGCUACCUGUGGGCAGUCGGAGGAAACCUGACCACUUCUCACUGGGAUGCUUUUGACACCUUCAUUCGAGAGCAGUUUGAAGGCAGCAGCAAUGCUGAGCUCCCGAAGCAUGGCACCUUGUGGAGUGCGUAUAUGAACUUCAACCAGAAGCGUCUGGAGCCAUGGGACAACAUCAUCCCUUCAUUCAAAUACAACAGGGAGCAGCCCUUCUUUGAGACGCUGGUCCCCACCACAGACACCGUCCGCUACGGCUACCUGAUGGAGAAACUGUUAUCUGUGCAGCGGUCUGUACUCUUCACCGGCAGCACUGGAGUGGGGAAGUCAGUGGUGGCUCGGGGCCUUCUUAACAGUCUUCAGGAGCAGGCAGGAUACCUCCCCGUCUACAUUAACUUCUCGGCUCAGACCUCAUCCGCCCGCACACAGGAGAUCAUUGAGUCCAAACUGGAGAAAAAGAGGAAAAACAUUUGGGGUGCUCCUGGUAACAAGAAGUUAGUGGUCUUUGUAGAUGACCUGAAUAUGCCUAAACUGGACAGUUAUGGCUCUCAGCCCCCCAUAGAACUCUUGCGUCAAUUCCAGGACUUUUCUGGCUUCUAUGACAGAAACAAGUUCUUCUGGAAGAAGAUCCAGGACAUGACCAUUGCCGCAGCGUGUGCUCCUCCGGGAGGGGGGCGCAAUCAGGUGACCCCCCGAUUCAUCCGCCACUUCAGUACGCUGUGUCUUCCCACGCCGUCGGAACUCAGCCUCAAGCAGAUCUUCAAAGCCAUUCUGAGCGGUUUCCUGACUGAGUUUUCCCAAGCGGUGAAGAACUGUGCUGGUCAGAUUGUGGAUGCGGCUGUGGAGAUUUACACCCGCUUGAGAGUUGAUCUGCUGCCUACUCCAGCUAAGUCCCACUAUGUCUUCAACCUCCGGGACCUCUCCAAGUGUGUCCAAGGUAUGUUGCAGUGUGAGCCGAGUAAAGUGAGACACAAGAGCCAGAUCUUCCGUCUCUUCUGCCACGAGUGUCGGCGAGUGUUCCACGAUCGACUAAUCAGCAACCAAGAUAAAACCUAUUUCAACACCAUCGUCUCUGAAAUGUCAAGCAAAUAUUUUAGCAUUAACUUGGAGCCGUCAUGCUUUGUGACUCAGCCGAUCAUAUUUGGGGACUUCAUCACGGUGGGUGCAGAGAAAGAAGAUCGUCUGUAUGAGGAUCUGAGAGAUAUGGGAAAGAUUCAGGCCGUUCUCCAGGACUACCUCCAUGAUUACAACAAGACCUUCUCCAAGGAGACCAAGCUAGUGUUCUUCCAGGAUGCCGUCGAGCAUCUUUCCAGGAUUUCCCGUGUGAUUCGCCAGCAGAGAGGCAAUGCCCUGCUCGUGGGGGUGGGAGGUACAGGCAAGCAGUCACUCACUCGGUUGGCAUCCCACAUGUGCGGAUACUGCUGCUUCGAGAUCGAACUCAGCCGAGGCUACAACUAUGACAGUUUCCAUGAAGACUUGAGGAGGCUCUACAAGAUGGCAGGUGUAGAGGGCAAGGAUGUGGUGUUUCUCUUUACGGACACUCAGACUGUGGUGGAGGAGUUUUUGGAGGAUAUCAACAACAUGCUGAGCUCUGGCGAGGUGCCCAACCUCUUUGAGGAAGAUGAGCUGGAACAAGUACUAGCGGCCACCCGCCCUGAAGCCAAAGAAGCUGGAAUCAGUGAGGAGGACAGGGAUGAGCUGUUCCAGUAUUUCCUCUCCCGUGUACGAGAGAGGCUGCACAUCGUGCUGUGUAUGAGUCCCGUGGGCGAUGCCUUCAGGUCCCGAUGUCGUAUGUUUCCUUCACUGGUUAACUGCUGCACCAUCGACUGGUUUGUGCAGUGGCCUCGUGAGGCACUUCUCUCUGUCUCUCAGGCCUUCUUCCAGGAUGUGGAUUUUGGCAGUGAGGAGCUGAAGCAGAGUGUCUCCGCCAUGUGCGUGGAGACACAUGUUAGUGUCACUGACAUGGCUGAGUGCUUCUACUCAGAGCUGAGACGCCGAUGCUACACCACACCUACAUCCUACCUGGAGCUCAUCAGCCUCUACCUGUCCAUGCUGAAGGAGAAGAGACAGCAGUUAGUUAUUGCCAGGGAUCGUGUGAAGAAUGGUAUGACCACACUGCUGGAGACCAAUGAGCUUGUGGACAAAAUGAAAGCAGACGUGUCUGCUCUGGAGCCAGUCCUUAAACUGAAAUCCAUGGAUGUUGAUGCCCUCAUGAUGAAACUGGCUGUAGACCAGGAGAGCGCUGACGAGCUGCGUAAAGUAGUGACAGAGGAUGAGGCUUUGGCCAAGGUUAAAGCUGAAGACACCCAGGCCAUAGCCGAUGAUACCCAGAGGGACCUGGAUGAGGCUAUGCCAGCCCUGGAGGGCACCAAUCAGGCCCUGAAGUCUCUCGACAGGGCCCACAUCUCUGGGCUCAAGGAGUUCACCGAACCUCCAGACCUAGUCAGGACCGUCAUGGAGGCCGUCUGCAUCCUGCUCAGCUGCAAACCGGACUGGCUCAGUGCCCAGCAGUUGCUGGGAGAUUCUAAUUUCCUCAGGCGUCUCACAGACUAUGAUAAGGACAAUAUCGAUCCUCAGAUCCUCCUCAAGCUGCAAACGUACAUCAACAACCCUGAUUUCAUACCUGAGAAGGUGGAGAAGGUAUCCGAAGCCUGCAGAUCAAUGUGCAUGUGGGUCAGAGCCAUGGAUCUUUACUCCAGAGUCCUCAAAGAAGUAGGCCCCAAGAGGGAGAAGCUGGCUCAGGCGCAGGGAGAGCUGGAUGUGACGAUGGCAACCCUGAGGGAGAAGCAGCAACACCUUCAGGAGGUGGAGAGCCGGAUCAGAGUCCUGCAGGAGCAGUGUGACAGCAGCGAUAAUGAGAUGGAGGAUUCUGUUAACACCAUGGCUCUGAAUCAGGCUCGACUGACCAGAUCAGGGAAGCUUACUUCUGCUCUCGGUGAUGAGCAAGUACGCUGGGAACAAAGUGUUGCUCUGUUAGAUCAAGAGAUCAUCAGCGUGGUGGGGAAUGUCUUCGUUGCAGCUGCGUGUGUGGCCUACCAUGGAGCGUUUACUUCCCACUACAGACAGCUGCUAAUUGACCAGUGGAUGAUACAGUGCCAGACACUGAACAUCCCCAUCAGUUCCAGCUUCAGCCUGAUCAACAUUCUGGGAGAUCCGCUUGUGAUCCGCCAGUGGAACACAGAGGGUCUGCCUCGGGACACCGUCUCUACGGAGAACGGGAUCCUGGCGACCGAGGGCCGCCGCUGGCCUCUCAUGAUCGACCCGCAGGAUCAGGCCAACCGAUGGAUCCGCUCUAAGGAGGCGAAGCAUGGUCUGAAGGUCAUCAGGCAGACAGACCCGAGCUUUCUCCGUACCCUAGAGAAUGCCAUGAGCAUAGGCAUGCCUGUGCUGCUAGAAGAGUUAACAGAGACUCUCGAUCCAGCUCUGGAGCCCGUCCUGCUCAAGCAGACAUUUGCUGCUGGUGAACGGACACUGAUCCGACUCGGAGAUUCAGAUAUUAACUAUGACGACAACUUCAGGUUCUAUAUGACCACCAAGAUGGCCAACCCACACUACCUACCAGAGGUGUGCAUCAAAGUUACUGUUAUCAACUUCACCGUGACCAAAUCUGGCUUGGAGGACCAACUGCUUAGUGACGUGGUGCGUCUAGAGAGUCCACAUCUGGAGGAACAGAGGAAUGAGCUGAUCGUGCGCAUCCACGCUGACCGCAACCAGCUAAAAGAGAUCGAGGACCGCAUCCUCCAGCUUCUCCUCACCUCUGAGGGGAAUAUACUUGACAACGAAGAGCUAGUUCAGACUCUUCAGGAGUCAAAGCUGACAUCAGAGGCUAUAAAGCAGCGUCUGGAGGAGGCAGAGGCCUCUGAGCUGAUGAUCAACUCUGCAAGGGAGCGUUACCAACCUGUGGCCACCCGAGGCUCAGUCUUGUACUUUGUUAUUGCCAGUCUCUCUGAGAUUGAUCCAAUGUACCAGUUCUCCCUCAAGUACUUCAAACAGCUCUUUAACUCCACCAUUGAAACGUCAGAGAAGAGCAGCGUGUUAGAAGAUCGUCUCCAGAUCCUGCUGGACCAGAUCCUGCUCAUCUCCUACAUCAACGUGUCCCGUGGCCUCUUCGAGCAGCACAAGCUUAUCUACAGCUUCAUGUUGUGCAUAGAAGUCAUGAGGCAGCGUGGGGAGAUUUCCGAUGCCGAGUGGCAGCACUUCCAAAGAGGAAGUGUCUCUUUGGAAAAGGACAAUGCAGAACGUCCAGAUGUGCCAUGGCUCAGUGAUUUUUACUGGCACACGUGCUGCGAGCUGGAGGACACACUGCCUUGCUUCAAGGGCAUCUCCAAGGAAAUCACCAGAACCUCCAUCCUCAUCGAGCUAGGACGUUUUCAAGCAUCUAUUAAUCCAGAGACCUGGGAAGGCUACGUGUCCAAAGAAGUGAAGCCAGGGAGUGGGAUCAGAGGUCACUGGAAUGAAAGGUUGGGGGCCUUCCAGAAGCUAGUCCUGAUCAAGAGCUUUAUAGAAGAAAAGCUGGUGUUUGCAGCAACAGAGUUUGUGAUCGUCAGCCUUGGACAGCAGUUUGUGGAGAACCCUCCAGUAGACCUGGCAAACCUUUACAAUGACAUGUCCCCUUCCACACCACUGGUCUUCAUUCUCAGCACAGGAUCUGACCCUAUGGGGGCCUUCCAGCGCUUUGCAAAAGAGAGAGGUUGUCUUGACAGGGUUGAGUCCAUAUCAUUAGGUCAAGGCCAGGGGCCGAUAGCAGAAAAGAUGAUCCAUGCAGCAAUGAAGACUGGCAAAUGGGUCUUUGUGCAGAACUGUCAUCUGGCCGUCUCCUGGAUGUUAGCCAUGGAGGAGCUCAUCAAGACCCUCACUGAGCCUGACGCAUCAAUCCACGAGAACUUCCGUUUGUUUCUCAGUUCCAUGCCGACCAAAGUAUUUCCUGUUACAGUGCUUCAGAACUCUGUCAAGGUGACUAAUGAGCCUCCUAAAGGCCUCCGAGCCAACAUGCGACGAGCCUUCACAGAGAUCUCCAGCAAGUAUUUAGAAGAGCACAUUCUGGGACGCCAGUGGAGGAAGAUCAUCUUUGGAAUCUGCUUUUUCCAUGCAGUCAUCCAGGAGCGGAAGAAGUUUGGUCCUCUGGGCUGGAACAUCCCCUAUGAGUUUAACGACAGUGACAGGGAGUGUGCUCUGCUCAACCUCAACCUCUACUGCAGAGACGGCGCGGUCCCUUGGGACGCUCUCAUCUACAUGACUGGUGAGAUCACAUAUGGGGGCAGAGUGACGGAUGCCUGGGACCAGCGCUGCCUCAGGACAAUCCUCAAAGGCUUCUUCUCGCCUCAAACCCUGGAGCCUGGCUACGCCUACUCCGCCUCAGGUAUCUACUAUGCCCCAGAUACAGAGGAGCUAGAACAAUAUAAGAAAUAUAUCGAGAGUCUUCCAAUCAUAGAUGAGCCUGAGGUCUUUGGCUUGCAUGAGAAUGCCAACCUGGCCUUCCAGCGUCAAGAAACCAUGACUCUAAUCAGCACCAUACUGGAUGUAACUCCUCGCUCACCAGCCCACCAUGGAGCUACAAGUAACGAUCACAUCGUCUGCGAGCUCACUGCAGCCAUCCUGGCCAAGCUACCAGAGCGUCUGGACAUGGAUGAGGCGGUUAAAACUUUGUGUGUCCCGGAUGGAAGCGGCCGCCUUAACUCCCUGACAACUGUGUUGGGCCAAGAGGCCGACCGGUUCAACCACCUGCUGAGAGUGAUCAAGAUGUCUCUUAUCACUCUGCAGAAGGCCAUAGCAGGACUGGUGGUGAUGUCAGAAGAGAUGGACCGCUUAUACACAAGCUUCCUGAACAACCAGGUUCCCGCCCACUGGGCCAACUCUGCCUACCCUUCUCUCAAACCUCUGGCAUCCUGGGUCAGGGACCUGGCUCUCAGGACCUCCUUUAUCCAGACUUGGAUCACACGUGGUCAGCCCAAGUCUUUCUGGAUCUCAGGGUUCUUCUUUCCUCAAGGCUUUCUUACAGCGGUGCUUCAGAAUCAUGCCAGGCGCUACAAUUUGCCCAUCGAUGAGCUCAACUUCCGCUUCAACUUGGUGCCGGUGUACCGAGACCAGGUAGCAGUCUGUGAGGCUCUACGCGGUCUGCCUAACACCACUAAACUGGACAUGGAUGAUGAGCUACCGGAGCCAGAGAACGGUGUGCUCGUGCACGGCAUGUUCAUGGAUUCCAGUCGCUGGGACGAUAACAACAUGGUGAUUGAGGACGCGUUACCUGGAGUGAUGAAUGCCAUGCUGCCGGUGGUGCACUUUGAGCCCCAGCAGAACUACGUGCCUGAGCCAGACCUCUACCACGCUCCUCUGUACAAGACGUCAGCCAGAGCCGGGGCUCUGUCCACCACAGGUCACUCAACUCAUUUUGUUGCAGCAGUAAUGCUUCCCUCCAAUCGACCGAGCGACUAUUGGACAUCACGAGCCUCUGCUCUGCUGUGCCAGUUGGAUGAUUAAGUUUGUAUUCGAGGACAAAGAGGAAUUUAAAAUGUGACUGAAACGUUUACUUAUGCACGACCUUGAAUUGACACUGAAGCUUUUGUGGAAUUAUUUAUAAAGUUUCUUUCAGAGAAGAUUUAUGCUAAAUGUGCACUUACUUCAAAUACAGUGUAAUAAACACCCUGAGUGAUC